UCUGCCCUGUUUUUGGGGUGGUUUAUCCCUUCCUCCACGAUUUCCGCCCCCCAGGAGCAGGAUGAGAUCGUGGCUGCCCUGGAGGACUCCCCGAAGCCGCCGCCGGCGCGGGUGACGCUGACGCUGCCGGUGCUGAACGCGGCGCGGAGCGUCCUGGUCGUGGCCACCGGCGCCUCCAAGGCCCCCGCGCUCAAGCGGAUUUUGGAAGGGAAGGAGGAGCCCCCCCUGCCCGCCGCCCUGGUCCGGCCGCGCUCCGGGCGCCUGCGCUGGCUCCUGGAUGAGGCGGCGGCCGCAGAGCUCAGCAUCCCCGUGGAAAAACACUCCGGAGUGUAGAGCUGGGGAUGGAUCCACGGCGUUCCAGGAGCUGGGUGUCCCCCUGGGAAUCCGCUCCGGGUUUUAGAGCCAGGGAUGAGUCCUGGUGACAUUCCAGAGCUGAGAAUUCCCAUGGAGAAACACUCCGGGUGGUAGAGGCAGUGCUGGAUCCACGACAUUCCAGGCAGGAAUAGGGAAUCCCAUGGGCUGUGACCCAAGACAUGGGAUUUUUUACUCUUUUUUGGGAUCAAACGGUGCUUUGCCGAGCUUUCCAUGGAAUAAUUCCUUAGAUUUGCUGGGGGUUGGAAUCACGUGCGGGGACAGGAUGAUUUUGUGCUGGAGCGUUUGGAAUCCAUGUGGGAACUGGGAUGGAGGGACUAGGAGGGAGGAAUGGGGGGAAAAUGGGCUGGAAUGAGUGGAUUUGAGUCUGACAUUCCAGGAGCUGAGUAUUCCCAGUAUUCCCAAAACACUGUAGAGCAUAGAGCUGGUGCUGGAUCCAUGACAUUUCAGGCAGGGAAUAGGGAAUCCCACGGGCUGUGCCCCAAAACAUGGGAUUUUGGACUUUUUUUUGGGAACAAACGGUGCUUUGCUGAGUGUGAA